AUGCGUACCCAAAACUCGGUGAUAAUAGCUAUCACUGAAACGUGGAUGCGGCAUGAACAAGAUGGAGAGAAGCCCAGAGACUACUCGGCUUAUAGGCANAGGCAAGAUGGAGUGGACGGCAGACAAGGCGGAGGAGUACUCCUGCUGGUCAAGGCCGCUUACACUCAAUGGGACUCACCAGUAAAACUGGCCACACCUAAUAUUCAGGCCAAGGCCCCUUGGGAAGACGACCGUUAG